AUUCUAACCAGGAAGUUGCGUCUAAAAUACGAGACCGAACCGGACGUUGAAGUUUCUAGAAAAGAAAGUGGAAUCAACUGAACGACAAAAUGAAUACCAGAGGAUUCCGUUCACAGCUAAAAGACAGUGUGCCAGUGACGGGCUUGUGCCCACAGGCCGGCGCGUACGGUGUGCAGGACACACUAAGGAGCGGGUUCAGCAGUGUGAAGAAUGAACUACUUCCCAGCCAUGUGUUGGAGCUGUCAGAGAAGAAUUUCCAGCUGAACCAGGACAAGAUGAACUUCUCAACCCUGCGAAACAUCCAGGGUCUCCACGCUCCCCUCAAACUGCAGAUGGAGUACAGGGCAGCCCGCCAGAUCCAGAGGCUUCCUUUCCUGCAGAGUUCUAACCUGGCGUUGGACACCCUCAGAGGCAACGAUGAGAGCAUCGGCUUUGAAGACAUCCUCUGUGAUCCCUCCCAGAGUGAGGUGAUGGGGGAGCCUCACAUGAUGGUGGAGUACAAACUGGGAUUUAUGUGAGGGGGUUUUACCCAAACCUGCCCCCCACCCUCCUCCCUGGCCACCGGGCUCUGUCUGUAUCCGCUUAUCUCCAUCCUACCUAUUGUCAGUGAUGCUGUCUGCUCGGAUGGAGAUUAGGAUGGAUAUGGAUCCCUUCAAGUCCUAGUGACAAUACAUUUUGUAUGGUUGGAUUUCUGUGUUUCUAAUAAAUACUGUUAUAGCUCUGUCA